UCAUCGAACAGCUGUUCGACUGUCAAUUUGCCCCAGAUGUUUAUUAAAUGAAAUUCGACUUUUGAUUGUUCAAAUGGCUGACCAAAUUGGCCAAAGCUGGACGUCUCUUCUUCGCCUUCAGAACACUCCCCUCUCGGACACUCCAACUUCUGCAUUUCACAUCCUGCAGCACGGUCUAUGGAAAUUCCCAGAACAUUGCAUAAUUUAGACUUCUCGGGCCUCCAAAUUGGAACUUCGACUUUGUAUUUAUUGGCGGCUCUCACGGAAAUUAACCAGCCAAUUGUCUUCGAUUUCCCACAUCUCGCCAAUUGAGCCGUUGAUUUUUAACAACUAACCAGGCGCAUUUGUCCACAGUGGCCUGGACCGAGAAAUCUAAUCGCCUCGCCACAGGGAUCAUAAAUUAAUUCGACGAGCACACUCGGAAUCCGAAAAUGAGCAGGUACCACAAAAGCCGAGGAGCUGCUGGAUCCACGAAUCCGGCAGGGCCAGUCUACGGCCAGAUUUCGACGUUGGACGACGCCGCUCCGAAUCCCGCGGAUUUCGCCAGAUGCCCUUCGCUUGAAGCCAAGAAAAGUGAGCUGAGCUUGUUCCUCAACUGGGGAAGCCCAAAAAAAACUAUGGACAUGACCUCGCUGAGAAACCGGAGCUGGAUCGUCGACGUGCUGGCCAUCUUCUUUGGCAUAGGAACCUGGCUAGGCGUGAAUGGCACCUUCAUCCAACUUCCCCUACUGGUGGACGAGGCUCCAGAGGGUUGGAGUCUACCAUCCUAUCUCAGCGUUAUGGUGCAGAUUGGCAACCUCGGCCCGUUGCUCUACACGGCCAUCCAGAAGUAUUCCCCCAAAAAGCUGAAUGACGGGUGGACCAUCCACGGAGUGCUCCUGGUGGGAGCCUUCUCCUGCUUGCUGACGGCGUUCUUCUACAACCAAACUGCUCCAGUGGCUGGCACGGAUCACAGCUUGGCCCUAUUUGUGCUAACCUGUUUCACGGCGUUGAAUGCCUGCACAAGCUCGGUGCUCUUUAUGCCCUACAUGGGUCGCUUCAAGGAGCAGUACAUGGUAACCUACUUCAUUGGCGAGGGCCUGAGUGGACUUCUGCCCAGCGUGUUCGCUUUAAUCCAAGGAAUUGGCGAGAGUGGCGACUGUGUCUUGGUCAAUGUAACUGAAACUGGACAGGAGAUCUACGAACUACAAAAGACACCGCCACGAUUCGACACCCGAGUCUUCUUCCUCAUCCUUUUCGCGCUGAUGGUGCUCGCCUAUGUGGGCUAUGCACUCCUGAACUCGCUUCCCGUAGCCAGGAGGGAGUACGCCCAGGUGACCGUCAGCGAGGGCAACAAGUACGUGUACGGAGAGGCGGAUAACCAGCCCAAGGCGGAAAAACUUAGCAAAGGACAGUACACGUACCUGCUCCUGCUGAUCGGAGCCAUUUCGCUGUUCAGCAACGGAAUGUUUGGCAGCAUACAGUCCUACUCCAGUGCCCCGUACGGAUCCCAAGCUUAUCAUCUGGCGGCCACCCUCAGUGUGAUUGCCAAUCCGGUGGCCUGCUUUAUGGCCAUGUUCCUGCAUUUCACAUCCCUGCGGAUCAUCACAGUGCUCUCUAUCCUGGCGGGUCUGCUGACCAGCUAUGUUUUCACAACGGCCGCAAUGAGUCCUCUGCCACCACUUCACGACCAGACCAUUGGUGCCAUACUCGUCGUUACAGCCUGGACUUUGCUGGUGGGAAUUGUGAGCUACACGAAACUGGGAAUCACCACAGUGAUGCGGGCGCAGGGCGGACAGUCGCUGGUCUGGGUGGGCGCCAUCACGCAACUGGGAUCUGCCAUUGGAGCGGUGGCCAUCUUCUUCGCCAUCAACUAUUCGGAUCUGUUUCAGGCCGCGGAGUCGAGCUGCUGACUUCGCAGUGAAUUCGGCCGAGCCAGAAUAUCCAGGGAUGCAUCGUGAUUUUAUAGAUGAUUUUACUGUAGUUUGAGCCCAGUUACUCGCUUGGAUGUUAAACUAAACAUAUGUUUUAAACUCUAAUGUUCCAUACGGUAUCUAGGCUUAAAACCUAAUUUUAAUUUAACAUGCAGGCAACAAAACGGCCUUUAGUGUGAUAUUUUCAUAUUUGUAAUUCCACCUCAAUCGUCACAAUGAAGACAAUACCUUAUUACCUGAA